ACUGUUACUUUGAAAACUCAGUGCAGUUCACAAACUAUUGAAUUUCCUCCUGUGAGUCCACUAUUUGAUAUGAAAUGUCAGUCUGGUUCUCACUAUGCGCAAGCAGAAAGUAAAACCACCAAAAAGAUACUUCAAGGCUUUAUCUCAAAGCACUCUGGCCAUAUGGAAAUUCCUGUGCCCCGUUUUGAAAUCAUAGGUGACAACUUGGAUUUAACUAUUUCUCCAACUGCCAUGACAAAAGAGCGACAAAGAAAGAGUAUCCAUUGGUUUUUAAAUAUAGCUCUUUGCAAACGUGUUCUAUCAGACCUUCCAAAUCACAAACCAAAGGCUGAUAUAUUGAAAAUUCCAAACAGUGUUUUCAUUCCAAAUUUGGAGGACUGUGCAUCAUUAGAACAAGAUAUGGUGUAUCAUAUCGUUAGAAUUCUGUGUGAUCAGAUCAUAUCCAUUGUUUAAAGUAGUUUCGAGCGUGCAUACCAGACUGCAUCGAACACAGGUAUAUGAAUGAACUUUCAAAAGAGUCAGAAUUCCGAGCAGUUUUAUAGCUUGAAAUCUGCUGCAGACCAAGGCAGUUUCUUCCAGCUGAGAAAUGUAGUCAGGCGAGUUGAUGUACAAGGAAAAGAUGAUAUAACAAGUUCAUAUAGGUCACACAUGAACUUUAUGAAAGACUGUUUGGCAGCUUUUGUGUUGGGGUCCUGUUUGGACAUGUUUGGAAUGGAUUCGCUAGAUGGUUGCCCUAACAAAUUCCAUAUCCCACUCUUUCUUCACUUGUCUUCUCCUGAAGACCAGUAUGCAUGGGUAAAGCAACUAGGAGAACAACUCGUUCAGAAAUACGUGAAGCUAGAUGAAGAACACAUUUUGACAACUACCUUGACAGAAAGGACAUCAGAGAUGGAUGACCAGGAACUGUUGAUCGCUGAAAUGUACAAUUCUGACCGGAGUCAAUUUGUAUGCACAUGUUCAAAAAUGUAUAAGACAAAGGGGCACUUCAGAAGACACCUGAAGGAAAAUCAUGGUUGGAAAUUGUCAAAACAAGAAAAAACAACGUCAGAAGUGGAUCAUAUUGCUGUUUGGAGAUCUUCUUUCAUGAAACUAACAUUGCUUUUACAUGUACUAGACACUGAAGAUGCAUACGAAUAUGGAGAUGGAGACCGUAUAUUUAGAAAUGCAAAGUUUGAAAUGCUUUGUGCAGAUGUCGCUCAUCAUACAAAGUAUCGUUUGUGGUUAUGGCGAAUGCAAGCCUAUGAAUGUGCCAUUUUAGGUGAAAGAGAUGCAAUGGAAUAUAAAUGGAAUUACACUGCCAUCACUUAUGGUGGGAAGGGAAAAAAUAUUCCAAAUGAUAAUUUGGUGGAAACUCUGGUGCAACGAAUCAAGAAAGAAAAAAAUAAGAGAACAAGGAUCCAAUGCUACACAUGAAAGUGCAAGGAAAAUAGUACUUGCCACCCAAAUCCAGGAGGACCUAAAAAAUAACACUGCAAGUCAGCUUUCUGUGAAAGUAUCACGAUCAA